AUGACGGAAGGAGGAGACGAUCAGCUCGUAUCGAUUAGAAAACAGCUCGAAAAUUUGAACGACGCCACAGAUGACAUUAAUAGCUAUGAGAUGAAGUUGGAGAGUGUGAAACGGCAGUUUUGCGAAACGCAGCUAAUGUUCAACAAAGAAAUCUCGGGAAUCGCCAAAAAGCUCGCCAAACAAAUCUCCAAGUCCCGCCCAUUUUUCGAGCUCAAAUCUCGCGAAACCGAAAUUCGAAAGUUCGUUCAACAAGCGGCCGCCGAAUUCGAACGACAGAAGACGGCAGUGGAGAUGGCGAGAGAACAAGUGCAACUGCUUCAUCAAUCACUGAAUAAUAACCUGGAAUCGGAUGCCGAGAAGCAUUAUGUCGAUGUAAUUGAGCAGCAGUUGGAUUUGGUACGCGAGGCCGAGGACGAGUGUUUGAAGGCUGAGAAAAUGCACGCGGCCAGGGUUAGAGACCUGUUGCAGCUGGAGAUGGCGAUGAAGAAGUUGUCGCAAGAGCAUGGAUCCUCUAUCAAAAAAGCGCGACCGUACUACGAGCGAAAAGAGGUGCUCACUCGAACGAUGAACUCUCAGCUGGAGCUCAUGUCGAUUCUGGAAAGUGAGGUCCAAGAGCGAAAAGACAGAUACAGCGACUCGAUGAGAGUAUUGGAACAAAUCAGCGAUCAAAUCCAUCAGGAGCGUUCCUCGCAGAGCUCCCUGGCCCAGUCAAGCGACGCCGAUUCGGAUAGCUCAUAA